CACGGGGUCAGUACAACAGGGUAGAGCAUGGGAUCACAAUACUGUUUAUCCUUCUUGGCUGUUUUGUUUCUCCAAAUAGGAACAGCCACUGCCUACGCUUGUGUAAUACUUGGCGCAAAUCAAACACCUCACGAGGAAAUAACAAUUGAAGAGAACACACAAGCUAAUUUCAGCUUUCAGCUGAGAUUGGAAAGAAGUAUUACAGAAUCUGCUUUUGUAAUUGAAAUUAAGAUGUCCGAAAAUGGAAAAUAUUAUGAUGCUUGCCGAUGCCGGUGGCUGUCUAAGAAUAACGGCGUCUGCAAAAAUCAGAGAAAUGUUUCCAUUUGCGAGACCGACAGUUAUGAGAUGCGCUUCUCUCUGCUUGUCCAGCGGAGUUAUGGCGACAUCAUAUGGGAAUUAUACACAACAAAUUGCACUCCACUGACACUGAGGAAAACUAAAUUACAAGUCACAUAUUCGGCAAAGGUCACAGGACUGGAGGUCGAUGGACAAGAAGUUAAUGAGACUUAUCUUGUCGAGGACAAUCAAAAGGUCAACAUAUCGUGCUCCUUUACCAAUGGAAAUCCUCCAGUCAGUGUUCGCCUAAUGGAUGACAUCGGGAGUGCACUAAACUCUUCAAAACAUAAAGAAGGCCCUCUCACGCUCAUUAUCGGAAUGUUUCGCUGUUCCGAAGUCUGGCCAACCGUCAGAUGUGAAGCUGCUGGCUCGAAACUGAACAGAUCGGUGACCAUUUUGGGUAGAUGUCUGCCUCAGUUGUCCCACAUUGGUUCCCAAUUGGUUGCGUUGCCAAAAGUGUUAAAGGAAGGUCUCAAACUAAGACUACGAUCCUACACAAGUGAUAUCAGGAACUGUCUGGUGACCAAAUUGCCCCCUCAACCUACCACAAAGAAAGUCACAUGCGAAUUAAGUGGCAGAAUCCCAAAUUUCAGCUUAACAAUGCGCUUUGCUGGAGAAAUGUUGAUUGAUGAAGGGAUUUGGAUAUUACAUGCCAUAACAGAGCUAGGCUUCUCAAACAUCACAUUUGUGCUCAUUAAUAACACUGGUGGAGGUGAGUAUCAAUAAUAUAACUAGUUAUCUUCAGGUCUCUACUUUAUCGACUAAUCGCUAUUUUAACAAAAUAUUGGUGAAAUAUUUUUUAUCAAGAAUAAAAAAUACAUAUUUCGAUAUGUACAA